AUGAACAGCGCCAUGCCUUCCAUUCCUCCAACUAUGAAAGCAUGGCGAUUCCACACAGCUGCCGGGGGAGCUGAGAAGCACAUGAAACUCGAAGACUUGACUCCUCCUACCUCGUUUCACUCACUCCCGCCGCAAUCAUCUCUCAUCAAGGUUGAGAUUGUCAGCCUUAACCCUGUCGACAUCAAGUUUGCCGAGACCCCCUUGGUUGGGCCAUACCUUCAUCCGAUGCCUGCCAUCCCGGGCCUCGACGGCGUCGGCCGUGUGGUCAAAACGACAGACAGUACUCUGCAUGUGGGUCAGCUUGUCAUGUUUCGCCUACUCGAGAAGCAGCCUGAAGGCGCCUUAGCUGAGUAUGUGCUUGUCCCGAGUGAGGGCUGUGUGCCAGUUCCGAGUGGCGUAUCACCAGUCCAAGCUGCGACCGUGGGCACUUGUGGCGUAACGGCAUGUCAGGCCAUUGCCCCUUUUGUCUCGAAGUACAAUUCACUCAAGUCUGAGGGGGAGGGGCCUUUCAAGGUUUUCAUCAAUGGCGGCUCAGGAGGCACGGGAACAUUUCAGAUCCAAAUCGCCAAGGCACUCGGUUGUUACGUCAUCACCUCCUGUUCAACUCCCAACAUCAACCUUUGCAAAUCUCUCGGGGCGGAUGAGGUCAUUGACUAUCGCCUAGGCCCCGUGGAGGAUGCACUUCAAGAAAUGGUACAAAACGGAAAGAUCUCACCACUAGACCUCGUUGUCGACAACGUUGAUUUGCCUUGGCGCCUAUACAAAGCAGCAAACCACUACAUGAAGCCCGAGGGAACGUACGUCCAAAUAGGAGGCGAUGUUAGCUGGCAAGGCAUAAAAGAGCUAUUUUGCAUCAAACUACUGCCAACUUCCUUGGGCGGUGGAUCAAGGCAAUGGGAGUUUUUGGCUAUGAAGACUAGCCGCGAGGAUGCUGAGCGUGUGCUUGACUGGAUGCAAGAAGGAAAGAUUCGAAUACCUGUGGAGGAAGAGUUUGGCUUUCAUGAGGUACCGGAUGCAUAUAGAAGACUCAAGGCUGGAAGGACUAGAGGAAAGAUUAUUGUACACGUUUCGAAUAGCGAAUGA